AUGUCAGAUCUAGUGGCCAAUCCUGGUAUACAGGCUGCAGAUUUGUUGGUUCCUAAACCACUAUUGUUUAGACCUUAUGUAUGGCCUUUUACAAUUAUAUAUCCAAUUUUUAUUCAAAUUUAUUUUCAACAUUAUGAUAAAUAUAUUGGUGGUCAAGAAUGGACUUUUGUAUAUUGUAUUGCUAUCAUUUCAUUCAAUUUAUUGUUCUGGUUAAUGCCCCAUUGGAAUCUUGAUAUUAAUGCUAAAUUUAAUUACCAAAAGGUUGAUCAAAUUGCUAAUGCUAAAUAUAUAAAGAUCAUUCCUGCUCCAAAUUCAGGAAUGGGAGAAAUCUGUGAAAUUAAUCGUGAAACCUUCCAUGAUGGUGAAAAACAAGUUAGUUUCUUGUAUCAAAAGAGAAGAUACUUAUUUCAUCCUGAAUUAAAUAAAUUUUCCCCUCCUGAAUUCUUAUUUGAUGAAUUACCUCAAUUACAAGUCUUUCAAACUACUAAAGGUUUAUCAGGUGAUUUAGAAAAGAUGAUUAGAAAUUAUGGAUCUAAUAAAUUCGAUAUCCCAGUUCCAACUUUCUUAGAAUUAUUUAAAGAGCAUGCCGUUGCACCAUUUUUCGUUUUCCAAAUCUUUUGUGUUGCCCUUUGGUGUAUGGAUGAACAAUGGUACUAUUCCUUAUUUAGUUUAUUCAUGUUAGUGACUUUUGAAAUGACUACUGUUUUCCAAAGAAGAACAACUAUGGCUGAAUUCCAAAGUAUGGGUAUUAAACCUUAUUCUGUUUAUGCUUAUCGUGAUAAAAAAUGGGUUGAAAUUGAAACUACUCAAUUAUUACCAGGCGAUUUAAUCUCCGUUACUAGAACUAGUGAAGGCAGUGCCUUGCCAUGUGAUUUAUUGUUAAUUGAUGGUUCUGCUAUUGUUAAUGAAGCCAUGUUAUCUGGUGAAUCUACUCCAUUAUUAAAAGAAUCUAUCAAAUUAAGACCUGCAACUGAUAAUUUACAACCAGAAGGAUUUGAUAAAAAUUCAAUCUUACAUGGAGGUACUAUGGCUCUUCAAGUUACCCCACCUGAAAGCAACCCUAUUGUCCCAGCUGCUCCUGAUCAUGGAGCUCUCGCCGUUGUCACUAAGACAGGUUUUGAAACUUCUCAAGGUUCUUUGGUUCGUAUGAUGAUUUUCUCAAGUGAAAGAGUCUCAGUUGGUAAUAAAGAAGCUUUCUUAUUUAUUUUGUUCUUAUUAAUCUUUGCAAUUGCUGCCUCAUGGUAUGUUUGGGUUGAAGGUACUAAAAUGGGUAGAAUUCAAUCUAAAUUGAUCUUGGACUGUAUUAUCGUUAUCACUUCUGUUGUCCCACCUGAAUUGCCAAUGGAAUUAACUAUGGCUGUUAAUUCGUCCUUGUCUAAAUUGCAAAAGCAAUAUGUUUAUUGUACUGAACCUUUCAGAAUUCCAUUGGCUGGUAGAAUUGAUGUUUGUUGUUUUGACAAAACUGGUACUUUAACUGCUGAAGAUUUAGUUUUUGAAGGAUUAGCUGGAUUCAAUGUUGAUGAUAUUCAUCAUUUAUACAAGGGUGAAGAAGCUCCAGAAAAUACUACUUAUGUUUUGGGUGCCGCUCAUGCAUUAGUUAGAUUAGAUGAUGGUGAAGUUGUAGGUGAUCCAAUGGAACAAGCAACUUUGAAAGCUGUUCAUUGGCAAGUCGGAGCUCAUGACACCGUUGAGAAAAAGAAUGGUGGUACCAAAAAGAUUAAGAUUUUACGUCGUUUCCAAUUCUCGUCAGCUUUGAAGAGAAUGUCUUCUAUUUCUUCAAUUAAUGGUCUUUACGGUAAGAAUUUUGUUGCUGCUAAAGGUGCCCCAGAAACUAUCCGUACUAUGAUUGUCGAUGCCCCUGAUAACUAUGAAGAGAUCUAUAAAUCAUUCACUAGAUCUGGUUCCCGUGUCUUAGCCCUUGCUUAUAAACAUAUUGAUGCUAGCGUUAACGUUAAUAAAGUCAAACGUGAAGAUAUUGAGUCUAAUUUACAUUUCGCAGGGUUUAUUGUGUUCCAUUGUCCUUUGAAAGAUGAUGCUAUCAAAACUAUUAAAAUGUUAAAUGAAUCUUCUCAUCGUUCAGUUAUGAUUACUGGUGAUAAUCCAUUAACUGCCUGUCAUGUUGCUAAGGAAGUUGCAAUUGUAACCAAGGAUGUAUUGAUUUUGGACGCCCCUGAAGAACAUCAUGAAGUCCAAGAAAAUGAAAAUUUAGUUUGGAGAAAUGUCGAUGAAUCAAUUGUUAUUCCAUUCAACUCAAAUGAUAAGAUUAAUACUGAAUUGUUUGCCAACUAUGAUAUUUGUAUUACUGGUCAUGCAUUGAACUACUUGAGUGAACAUGAACAAAUUUUAGAAGUUUUAAAACAUACUUGGGUUUAUGCACGUGUUUCUCCUUCUCAAAAGGAAUUUAUCUUGACUUCAUUAAAAGAUGCCGGUUAUAACACUUUGAUGUGUGGUGAUGGUACUAAUGACGUUGGUGCUCUUAAGCAAGCUCAUAUUGGUGUUGCAUUAUUAAAUGGUACUGAAGAAGGUAUGAAGAAAUUAAUUGAAAAUAGAAAAAUGGAAGCUACUUUGAAAGUCUACGAAAAACAAGUACAAUUACUUACAAGAUGGGGUAAACCGCCUCCACCUGUUCCACCUAUUAUCGCUCAUUUAUAUCCUCCAGGUCCAUCAAAUCCAAAGUAUUUAGAAGCUAUGGAAAAGAAGGGUGUUGAAAUUACUGAAGAAAUGAAAAAAGCUGUUGAUGCUGCUAACAAGGCUGGAUAUAAAGUCCCAGCCAAGACUGAGCAGGUAUUAUCCGAAAACAAGAGCGGUGGUGGUGGUUUUGCUGAUACUAUUAUGGGUGCAUUAGAUGCAGCAGAACUGGAAGACGAAGUUCCAGUAUUGAAAUUGGGUGAUGCCUCAGUUGCUGCUCCUUUUACUUCCAAAUUAUCCAAUGUCAGUGCUGUUACCCAUAUUAUUCGUGAAGGUCGUUGUGCAUUAGUUUCCACUAUUCAAAUGUAUAAAAUUCUUGCUUUAAAUUGUUUGAUUUCCGCAUAUUCAUUAUCGGUUUUAUAUUUGGCUGGUAUUAAAUUUGGUGAUGGUCAAGCUACCAUUUCUGGGAUUUUGUUAUCGGUUUGUUUCCUUUCUAUUUCUCGUGGUAGACCAUUAGAAAAAUUAUCUAAGCAGAGACCACAAGAUGGAAUUUUCAAUAUUUAUAUCAUGGGAUCUAUUUUGGGUCAAUUUGCAAUUCAUAUCAUUACUUUGAUUUAUAUUACUCGUGAAAUUUAUAUUCUUGAACCAAGAGAACCUCAAGUUGAUUUAGAAAAAGAAUUCAGUCCAUCCUUGUUGAAUACAGGAAUGUUUUUAUUACAAUUAGCCCAACAAGUGUCUACUUUUGCUGUUAACUAUAUUGGAUUACCAUUCAGAGAAAGUAUUAAAGAUAACAAGGGUAUGUAUUACGGUUUAUUGGGAGUUGCUGGGUUAGCUCUUGCUGGAUCUACUGAAUUUAUGCCUGAAUUAAAUGAAGCUAUGCAAUUUGUCAAAAUGACUAGUGAUUUUAAGGUGAAAUUGACUGGAAGUAUUUUGGUUGAUUUAGGUGCCACUUGGUUGAUUGAAAGUACAUUAAAGCACUUCUUUAUGAAUUCAGCAGCAGCUGAUAUUGCCAAGAGAGAUGAUGAUGGGGAAGAAGUAGUGGAUAAUGAAAAGUUGGCAGUUGUCGAAUAA